UAUGGCAGCUGUCGGUAAGUGCAAAGAUCCCUAUUCUGGAGAUGCUGAGAUGGAAUGCCCCUCUGAAAGCUCAGAUAUUACCAAAGAGGCUGAGGCAGAACAUGGAAAGUCCCCAGAGACGGUUGGACAGUUUUCUGAUUCGGGGGAUGCCCCUGUUAUUGAAGAAAAAGAUCUGUCUUUGUGGAGGUACUUCAGUGCCGAGGUGACAAGAGGCUACCUUCUGGAACAUGAUGAAGCGAGAUACGCACUAAAGAGACAGCGUGUCUACACAUUCAUACGCAUUCCGAAGGAGCUAGAAAAGAUGAUGAUGUACGGCUUCUUUCUGUGCAUGGAUGCCUUCCUCUUUAUCUUCACCUUCCUGCCGCUGCGUGUCAUCAUGGCCCUUUUUCGUCUGGUCUCACACCCCUGCGUCAUUCACAGGGGGCAGAGGCUGGAGCCUGCCCAGAUCUGUGACAUCUUGAAGGCCGUCAUCCUGAUAGCCUGUAUCUGGCUGCUGCAGUUUGUGGAUGUAUCCAUGUUGUAUCACCUUGUCAGAGGCCAGGCUGUCAUCAAGCUCUACAUCAUUUAUAACAUGCUGGAGGUUGCCGAUCGUCUCUUUUCGUCAUUUGGCCAAGACAUCCUUGACACGCUUUUCUGGACUGCCACAGAGCCUCGAGACAAGAAACGAGAGCAUCUGGGUAUCCUGCCCCAUCUACUUAUGGCCAUCAUCUAUGUCUUCUUACAUGCUGUACUGGUCUUGCUUCAAGCCACUACCCUCAACGUGGCAUUCAACUCCCAUAGCAAGGCACUGCUCACCAUCAUGAUGUCCAACAACUUUGUGGAGCUGAAGGGGAGUGUCUUCAAGAAAUUUGAAAAGUACAAUCUCUACCAGAUGUCCUGCAGUGAUAUCAGGGAGCGAUACCACUACAUGAUUCUGCUCUUCUAUGUCGUGCUUCGCAACAUGACCGAGUUUAACUGGAACAUUGAUCAUUUCUGGGAUUUAAUACCGGACCUAAUAUCUGUGCUGAUUGCUGAGAUUCUGGUGGACUGGGUCAAGCAUGCCUUCAUCACGAAAUUCAAUUCAAUUUCAGCCGAGGUGUACACAGAAUACAGGGCCAACCUGGCUUUUGACAUGGUGACAAGCAGAAAGAAAAAUGCCUUUUCAGACCAUUCUGAUGUUGUUGCCAGGAGAAUGGGAUUCAUUCCGCUACCCCUAGCGUGCCUUGUCUAUCGCAUUGUCGUCCAGUCGUUCAAGAUACAUGGCACUGCAGGAAUAGUUCUCAUCUUUCUUUUUUACUUAUGUCUGACAGCCUUCAAAGUCUUGAACAGCAUCCUCCUGCUGGGAAAAGCCUGCAAGUACGUUAAGGAGGCCAAUCUGGAUGUCACUGUCCUGCCACCAAAGAAGCCCAGCCCAUCACCAUCCCCUCCGCCGCCGUCGUCAGCGACCGCACCAACGGCGCCCUCAGGAGACGCCGCAGGGGAGACCAGAAGGGUGCCGCCAGCCAUUAGCUCGCAGACGCUGCUGUCGGCAGACAGCAGCGUGAACCUGCUUGCAAGUGGACCGGACGUGGGUCCCCUCUCACCAAUGGAGGCCGGCAAGUCGCUGACUAAGGAGGACAUUUUGAAGAGCAAGUCGGACAGGAAGCGAACGCUGUCUGAGAUUGAUCGCUACACCCUGUGCAGCAAUCGGAUUGUAUAGCACAUCGCCAGGCCCCACUCCAAUUGUUUUUUUUCCUUCAAAAUAUAUAAAAUUAUUUUAACUGUAAAGGUGUAUAAUUUUUCUCAGAGUCUGCAAGAUGUCUGUUGCUUGGUAACGAAGAUGUUUGAAUCGGAAGUGAAAAUAUGAAACAAGUGGUGCAACCAGUUUAGACCUGUUUCAAUGAUUGUUGUGCUUGAAGAAGCAAUUAAACUUUGAGUUUGUAAGUUUGAAUUGUGUAAAUGUGAGCCCGCCAAGGUUUUGCAGAAAUGGAUAGUGUUCAAUACCGACACAUGUAAACUUUCCUUAUGAGUUUAAGUGACAUUUUCUGUCCUGCUUUAAAAUGAUGGACCCACCUGAAACAAAUGGAGAACCCCUGCCACUGAUGUACUGAGAUCAUGCUGAUAGGGAACAGUUAACCAAAGAAACAAAAAAGAGGGUGCUUGUUAUUGCUGAACUGUUCUUGUACUAAUGCCACCCUUCGAAUGUUUAGCAUACAGUGUUGGGAGCUUUGUGGGUGCAAGGUUUUCGACAAGUGUACCUGCUCUUGUAGCCUUCCAUACUUCAAAUGGCCUUUUCCCAUUUUAGUGAUGUAUGGUAUAAGCUGGUUUCUAUCCUUAAUUUGUUAAUUGUUAAUAAUAUAUUCUUGCCUGAAAUGUGGACUGACUUGUUUGUAAAUUUCUGUUGUAAUUUAUUGGACUUUUAUGAUAAUUUGUACAAAGACGAAAGACUGAAUGACAAAGUUGUGUCAGUUGUGGAUCGUACCUGUCAAUUAGUUUCUGUUUAACAUUGAAAAGAAAUCUUGUGGAAAAAAAUUGGGUUAAAGGUUAGCGGGAAGCAUUGUUGGUUGAUCAGUUCCACAUGCGGAUUGCUCUUUAGAAAUAUUCCCUAAUUCCUUUAUUUGCAGUUUUUUUCUCUUCUCUGAAAAUCAUAUUUUUUCCUUUUCUCUAAUUCCACAUACAUGUGCAAAUUCUAAUCAUUAAUCAAAUGUUUCUUUGACAUUUACAUGCCACUUGUCUGUAAUGUUUUACUUUUCUACAUUUCUGUUCUUGGAUUAGAUCCAUUUUUAGGUGCCUUGCUGUCAGUUGUUUUGGCUUUAUAAUUCUAGAGUCCCUUUUUCAACUGUUUUUUCCUGAUUUUUUCUUACUGUGCACGUGUUAGUUUAAGGUUUGGAACUCUACAUGUACUUCUGCCAACAAAUGGCAAGAGAGUCAACAAUUUUUUUUCAGUUUGUGUUAAAAUUUCACAUUUCAAAGCUUAGCUAAGAAUUUGGGCUUAUGUGCACAUCCUUAUGGAUCCUGUCCUGAAGGGGCUAGUGCAAAAUUUCUUUAUUCAUGCUGAAAGCACAGAAUGUUGAUCAUGAGUGCAGAAUUAAAUGGUUAAAAGAGCCAAGAUGUGGGCCCGUAUUCCAAGUGCUGUUGUUAAAAAGUUGAAAUGGAACCACAGCAAAUAAAAUACAAAUUUUACUGCAUGUAUUCUAGUAUGUGCUAGGAGAGAUAUGGCAUGUUGUGUCUCUGCAAAGUCAAGGCAGAUCAGUCUGCUUCAUGGACAAGUUUAACUGCCCAUACACUUUUGUGGUUAAUUUCAAUUUCUUAUUUGAAUGCUAGAUACCAGCAUGACAUGUUUGACGUAGAUUUGAAAGUACUAAGCCCAACCAAAGAACUGAAUUCAUUCAUCAGAGUGGAGUUCUUAAUUUAAUGAUUUGCACUAUAUAUUUUUUCCGGAUACACCCAAACAUUACAGCCUACAUGUACAUCUUCCAUAAUUGUAAGCAAUACAUCCUUUUGAUGUAUUUGUCAUGAACAAAAUGAAUAAAAAUGUGUUGGGAAAUGA